UAUAAUUUGUUUAAAGAAAAUUCGUAUUGACAAAUUAUAAAAACCCAGUAAAUAGAAUUUUUAUAAUUUGUUGUUUUCAGUUUUGCGUGUACAAUUGUAGUAGUGUUUAACAUGCCGGUUUCUGAGGUCCUCAUACAACAUUUGGUGUUACAGGUUAUGAAGAACGAGAAUUACGCGACAUUUAAAAUAGAUACAGGUGGAAAUACGGCCAGAGGUGAUGGGUACUUGGGUGAUAUAUCAUUUAUUACAGUCACUGCUUGCAGAAAUGGCAUCAAAAAACCUUACAGACUAGUUGUUAAGGCGGCAAAUCCCAACGAAGCCUUUAGAGAAAAAACACCAAUUGAAGACGUCUACAAAAGAGAAGUUUAUAUGUACACAACCAUAUUUCCCUCUUUAUACGACUUAUGCAAUGAUUUCUGCGUCGACUUCCCCGACCUUAGUUUCGCUAAAGUCUACACUUCCUGCUUGGAACCUAAAAAAGAAAGCAUUGUCCUGCAAAACAUGAAAACCAUCGGUUUUGAUCUCCACAGUAGAUUAGUGCCGAUGAAUUUGAACCACGCCCAUAUGGUUUUCAGUAGGUACGGAAAGUUCCAUGGUUUAUCCAUGGCAAUGCGUCACAAAAAAUCUGCACUGUUUCAAAAGUUAACCAAAGACAUGACGGAUUUGUUCGGCAUUUUCCUCGCGCAAGCGAAUAUGGUCCCGUCUAUACGGGAAGAUUAUAAAACCGCUAUGAAGUUGCUGAAAGAGAGAGGUCGUAUGGAUUUAGUAAGGAAAUAUGAAAAUGCAAAAAUUUUUGAGGAUAUAGAAAAGAUUACUUGUAAAAGUACUGACCCAAGUGAUCCGGCGUCCGUUAUUUUACAUGGGGAUUGUUGGAAUAAUAAUUUUAUGUUUAAAUAUGAUGGUUUAAACAGAAAUCAACCAACUGAUAUGAUAUUCAUUGAUUUUCAAUUGUCCAGAGUCGCAUCACCUGUUUAUGACUUGGCCUACUACGCAUACGCGUGUUUAGAUAAACAUGUCCUUUCUGACAUACACUAUUUGUUGGAAGUUUACUACAAAAGUCUUUUAGAAACUCUGGACAGAUUUGGAAUCAAUGUAAAUGAUUUCUUUUCGUUUGACAAGAUAAUAAGUCACUGGAAACAAUAUGGAAAGUAUGGUUUGCUAAUGUCUCUUUUUAUCGUUCGUGUCGAGCUUAGCAAUUCCACCGAAGCGCCAGAUUUCGCUGCCAGCGCGGAAAAAGGGAACUUGGACACGUUUUUGAUUUACGAAAUUGCUAAUCAAGCGAUUUACGACGAAAGAAUAUUGGAUAAUUUAAUACAUUUUGCAGAAAAUUUUAUAUAAAUA